UUACCAAGUGUUAUUGCAACGUCACUGGUCACAGUACAAUCUGAGUCACUAUCCACUAACGGAGCUACGGUGCUUGCUGAAAUGCAGUCUUGAAUAAGGCGAUAUGUGCGAGAGACACAUUUCAGUGUCGAUACCUGGUACUCUACAAUGGAUCUCUACCUCGCUGCUAUUGGUACACUGCUGGUGGCAGUAUGUAUAUGGAAAAUCAUUGGGAUUGUGAGCAGAUACAAAGUAUUCAUUAAAUUAUAUUCGGAAAAGAAAAUCCAACCGGCUGGGAAAUUCCAUCCAAUAUGGGGUCAUCUCCAUCUGAUUUCAGAUUUCGACGACUUUAUGGAAAUCGGUUUCAAGUUAAUACAUGAAACGAGAACUCGAAUAAUCUCCUUCUGGAUCAUGUUUUUCUUUCCACUCAUUUUUGUUUGCCACCCGGAAACAGCAAAAACCUUGCUGAAGUCUUCUGAGCCGAAAUCCAAACGCGUCGGUGGAGCAUACUACCCUCUUAUGGACUGGCUAGGUGAUGGGCUACUGAUCAGUGACGGUAAGAAGUGGGAGAGGAACAGACGACUGUUGACACCUGCCUUUCACUUUGAUGUACUCAAGCCUUAUGUUGGUAUCUAUAACAAAGUCUUCGAAAUCUUCCUGGACAAAUUAGAGAACGCGACAUCUGGUGGGAAAAGUGUGGAGAUAUAUGAACCGGUAGGUCUCGAUACCAUGUUGCGCUGUUCUGUAUCUUACGACGGGAGAGUACAGGAACAAGGUUCAAAUCAUCAUUACGUAGACGCUGUACGGAGACUUACUCACAUAUCACAAGAGAGACUACU